AUGGCACGCCCUUCUAAUUAUUCUGAUCAACAAGCUCUCAUUGCUUUCAAGGGGUCUCUGCUUCUCGAUCCAUUUAAUUCCCUCCUUCAUUGGUCUCGCAAUCACACAUUCUGCAAUUGGACUGGUGUUACCUGUUCUUCUGCUCGGCAGCGUCUUGUUUCCUUGAAUCUCACAAGCAUGGGAUUAAUUGGCCCAAUCUCCCCCUUUCUCGGAAAUCUUUCCUUCCUUAGAGUACUUGCUCUCCCUAAUAAUAGUUUGGAGGGCCAUAUUCCAUAUCAGCUUGGAAGGCUAUUCCGCUUGAGAGUGCUUCGGUUGUCUAAAAACAAUUUGGAAGGUCACAUUCCCUCCUCUCUAGGAGCCUGUCGUUCUUUGCAAUCUCUCAUACUGUCGUUUAACAAUUUGAGUGGAAACAUUCCCUCUGAACUUGGUCUUCUUUCAAAUUUAGAAAUCAUGUACUUAGGAUUAAACAACUUGACAGGCAUUAUCCCGCCUUUCUUAGGAAACCUGUCCUUUUUAAUUAGGCUUGAGUUGAGCAAAAAUAGACUCCAAGGUAGUAUUCCUGCUGAGUUGGGUAUGCUUAGUCAGCUCAUCAGGCUUUCAAUUGACAGCAACAGCUUAACAGGACCGAUCCCCGUGGCCGUUUCAAAUUGCACUCGUCUCCAAGUGUUGUGGUUAUAUCAGAACAACUUAAACGGCCCAAUUCCAUGGGAGUUUGGAAGGCUGUCAGAGUUGCAAUAUGUGUAUUUGUGGGGAAACCAACUCACUGGAGAAAUACCCAUCUCACUGGGCAAUUGGACUCACCUGCAAUGGUUGGAUUUGAGUGGCAACCAAUUGAGCAGUACAGUGCCCCUGGAAUUCAGGCAAAUGCAGCAGCUGAAAGGGUUAAAUUUGUGGCAAAAUCAUUUAGUGAGUGGAAGCAGUGGUUUGUCUAUUCUAACAUUCUUAACUAAUUGCUCCAGCUUGGCAUUUCUUGAUUUGGGAUCUAAUUAUCUCACUGGCAUCUUGCCCAUUUCAAUUGGUCGGCUUUCAAAUUCACUUUCAUUUUUAGGUCUGAACUCAAAUGAAAUUGGGGGAAAUAUACCAGAUGAGAUUGGUAAUCUAACAAACUUGACAACAGUAUACCUAAAUGCAAACCGAUUCGAAGGGACCAUUUCAUCUGCACUCAGUAAACUUCCGAAUUUGGAGAGACUAUCUUUGGACACAAAUAAUUUACACGGAAGAAUUCCAAAAGGUUUUGGCCAAUCAAAAAGAUUUGGAUUGUUGUCACUCAGCGAGAACAUGCUUUCAGGACAAAUUCCAGAAAGUCUUGGCAAGCUUCCACAAUUAAGAAGGCUUUAUCUUGAUCACAAUCAGCUAUCAGGGAAAAUACCUGCCAGUUUAGGGAGAUGCAAGACGUUGGAAAUGGUGGACUUGGCGCACAACAAGCUAACAGGAAAUAUACCUCCUGAAGUUGCAGGUCUUCAGAAUCUCCAGUUCUAUUUCAACGUUUCCGGAAAUUUAUUGCAAGGUUCUAUUUUGGAAAUGAGCAAAAUGAUUAUAGUUUUAGAGGCGCUAACUCAUUGUGUAUCUGUGUUGUCAAGAAACAGAGGUGCUAACUCGUCAUGUAUCUAUAUUGUCUAG